UGUUAGGGUGACGAUUGUGCAAUUGGUGCAGAAUUCUCAAUGGGCUUGUGUAAUCUUGAAUUUUCCACUUUAUUGUGGGACAAUCAACCAGAACGUCCACAAACAGUUCCUGACGGGGGAGGCGGUGGGGACAGAACAGCCUGCUAAAGUAACUUCUUACUUGACAUGUUUGUGAGAUUUUUUUUCCUGUUAUCGUGUCCUAAAAGUCAGUUAUCAUGGGAACUUGUUUUGAACAUGUAAUUGACACGCAAACAGCUGUGGGGGAUACUGAAUGAAUCUCAAGAGAAAGUUUGAGAAAAUGGAUUAGACUCCAAGAGUGGUUGAAGGGGAAAAACCCAAAAGUUUAGCUACCUGGAUAUCAGUUUUUACCAGUGUUGUGCGACUAGCCUGCUUGCACAUGUGUUUAAACGCAGCGUGAGUGAUUUGUUGACUAUGUACACUGGGGGAAAAAAAAAAAAAACAUUUAUUUUUACAUGCACAUCGGAUGCACGAACUCUGCAGUAAAGGCGCAACUGAAACUGGCAGCGCAGAUGUCACUCCUCCCGUUUAUUGUUGAGGUUCCUGCUUACCAGUAGGGGUGAUCAUCACUUUUGGCAUGUAGGAACACAACCGGCUACCACCCACCCACCACCAACCAACCCCCCUCCACCUCUUUGACGCUUCUUGCCGAACUUCAAGCAGAAGUGCGGGCCUCCGAGAAUUGCUGGAAGGAGGACCGGCGACGAGGCCAUGACCGUCUGACGGCGCCAUGAACCCCGAGGAGCAGACCGUAACGUGGUUGAUAUCGCUGGGGGUCCUCGGCUCCCCCAAGAAGAACAUCGCCGACCCGGAGGAGUUCUUGAAAGCGUCGCUGAAGGAUGGCCUCGUGCUCUGCAAGCUGGUGGAGAAGCUUGUGCCCGGCUUCACCGCCAAGUACUGCCCGGACCCCCGAACCGAAGCCGACUGCAUAGGCAACAUUCGAGAGUUUCUGAGAGGAUGCUCGUCCUUGAAAGUCAAAGUUGAGGGGUUUGAGCCAGAGUGUCUGUACAGCGGGGACAAUUUUGGCAAGGUCCUGACCACGUUGCUGGCCGUCAACUUUGCCACGCAAGAUAGUGUUGCAGAGAGGUCAUGUCCGCAGUCCGGCACACAAUCACUUAGUCAGUCAGCCUCCUCGCACACCACCUCCUCGACCAAAUCCAAGGGCUCUCUGCGGAGACAGUCGAAAUCUGUGGAGAUGUCCGAAAAUGGCAGCAGCGGCGGGCAGCAGCUUAUGGUCAAGGCCCGCUUCAACUUCAAGCAGAACAACGAGGAUGAGCUGUCGUUUGUCAAAGGCGACGUCAUCGUCGUGACGCGGCAGGAAGAAGGCGGUUGGUGGGAGGGCAACCUCAACGGCAAGACGGGCUGGUUCCCCAGCAACUACGUGCGCGAGGUCAAGGCCUCCGAGAAACCGGUGUCUCCUAAAGGAGCUCAGCUGACCAAAAGCUACUACAGUGUGGUGGUGCAGGACAUCUUGGAACACGAGCGAGAGUUUGUCAAAGAGCUCCAAACGCUGCUGAGUUGUUACCUCCGACCAUUGCAAGCCACUGAUAAGGUGAGCAGCGCAGACAGCGCCACCUUGUGCGGAAACCUGGAAGAGAUCCUCACCUUCCAGCAGGGCCUGUGUGUCUCCUUGGAGGAAUGCACAAAAGUCCCAGAGGCCCAACAGCGGCUGGCCGGAUGCUUUUUGAAUGUGAUGUGUCAGAUCAAGUCUCUGUACCUGGCCUACUGCUCCAGUCACCCCUCAGCUGUCUGCAUCCUCACCGAUCACAGCGAGGACCUUGACAAGUUCAUGGAGAGUCAAGGAGCCAGCGUUCCGGGCAUCCUGACGCUGACCACCAGCCUCAGCAAGCCCUUCAUGAGGCUGGACAAAUACCCCACCCUGCUGCAGGAGCUGGAGAGACACGUGGAGGAAGCACACCCAGACUUCUCUGACAUCGUCAAGGCAACAGCAGCAUUUAGAACUUUAGUGACGCAGUGCCAGGACCUGCGAAAACGCAAGAACCUGGAACUGCAGAUCCUGUCGGAACAGGUGCGCGGCUGGGACGGAGACGGCAUGAAGACUCUGGGUCACGUGCUCUACAUGUCCCAGGUUCACAUGAGGACCGGAUCCAGUGAAGACAAAGACGAACGCUAUCUCAUGCUUUUCCCCAACAUGCUCGUGAUGCUCUCCAGCAGUCCGAGGAUGAGUGGCUUCAUUUAUCAGGGACGGCUGCCUCUAGCGGGGACCACUGUGACGAGACUCGUGGAGGAUGCGGAUAAUGCCCACUAUGCCUUUGACAUCACAGGAAGCACGAUGGAGCGCGUGACGGUGUUUUGUAGCGGUGCCCAGGAGCUGCAGGAAUGGCUCGAGCAUCUGCAACCGUUUAGUAAAGGAAGCAGUCCAGCAGGCACCAUCUUGAGGACUGUGGAGGGCAAGCCUCUUAGCAUGGUGGGCACCCCUACCCACUUGUCCCACCUUGGCAGUUUGAGCGCCCUCAGCCGCGGGCCUCUGGAACCGCCAAAGAUGAGCAAGCCCUGGUCACUCAGCUGUCUGCGCCCGGCGCCUCCCCUCAAACCUUCGGCCGCGCUGGGUUACAAAGAGAGGAUGUCUUAUAUCAUGAAGGACUCCAGCAAGAGCCCACGGCCCAUGAAGAAGUUCCUGCCCGGAAACAGGAAGAAGGAAAGGAAGACUUCGGAUGAUGAGUUUCACACUAGGAGAAGCACAGUGGCUCUGGAAGAGGAUGCUCAGAUCCUGAGGGUGAUCGAGGCCUACUGCACGGGAGCGAGCAUGCACUCCACCACCACACCUGUGCGGAAAGAAUGCGUGCCUCAGGUGCUCCUUCCCGAGGAAGAGAAAAUCAUUGUGGAGGAGAUGAAGAGCAACGGGCAGACGGUCAUUGAGGAGAAGAGUCUGGUUGACGCGGUGUAUGCUUUAAAGGAUGAGGUCCACGAACUGAAAAAGGAGAACAAAUGGAUGAAGCAAUUUCUAGAGGAGGAGCAAAAGUCUCGCAAAGAGCUGGAGAGAGUGGUGAGGAAGCUGGCCAAGCAGAAGAACGACUGCACGUGGGACGACGGAGGAGGCGGUGGCGGCCAUUGAACACAUUGGUUGUGCGUUUGUCUUUGUUUUUCCGUGUGUCAAGGUGCAGAAUGUCUUUGAAGAGGCGUACGUAAGGCCACAAAGGUUGCGACACAGUCCAAAUGCAUAUAUUUUAUUUACUCUGACAGUGUUUCCCAGCUUUUAUUAAGCUAAGGCACGUAUUUUACAGGAGGAAAAAAUAAAUAAAUCUCAAGGCAGACCACCAAACAAGAAUGUCACAAAAAGCCUUUUAUGGAAUACUAAAAUAAUGAUGAUCUCAUCUCAAUUUACACACAAAUGUACUUAUGAAUGCGGGCUUUUUUUUUUGUAGUAGUAGUAGUAGGAUUAGUAGCUUUUAUAGUGAACCCCCGUUAUUUAGGACCCAAGCUCCAAGCAAAUAAUAAACAAACCGCAAUUCAAUUAGGAUGCUGUGUAAAAAGGAAGCAAACACACAAUUACGACCAUUUGCAAAUCUUCAUUUUCCUAUAUUCAAUGUGAUUAUAAAGACAUUUAAUGUUCGAACUGAUUUCUGUUUUCAAAUGAUGCCUCAUGUCACUUCAACAUAGUUCCUUGACUCCAAGAAUGAGUUUGUGACUUUGGGGGCAACACUGUGUUCGGUAUGAAUGCCAGCAGGUGGAUAACGCGGGGCUAUUUGUCGUUAGCGUAGAGGAAUGACCAAAGACACGUUAUUUGUUCAGAUUUUUUUCAAACCCGUGAGUUGAAAUUGGAUCAUUUCUCAUAUAUAUAUAUAUAUAUAUAUAUAUAUAUGUAUGUAUAUAUAUGUAUAUGUAUGUAUAUACUUUUCUCCCCGAUGGUGCAGUGGUUGAGAAUCACGAAACUGCAACCCCCUGUGUAACGUUAGCAUAGCUAGCCGUUGAAAAGCAUGCUUCUCCAUUAAAAAAAAUAUAUAUAUUUUUUUGUUUACAAUGCGUUGCUUUUCAAUGGUUGGACACCCCCCCCCCACACACACACGCACACACACAGAUUUUUACACCCGUCGCCUGUCUUGCGAACGCCACUGUGAACUAUUUUCAAUCAGGAAGUGGAAUACAAGGACAAAAAGAAAAAGCUCAUUGCUGCCUCUUUUUUUUUUUUUUUUUUUAAGCUUAAGUUUGAACAGGAAAUUUAUCUGGUCCACUGUUAUGUGAUUCUGUUACCAUGGCAACUGUUUCUGCCCUCUGCCAUCUUUUGUUUGUUGUGCUGUCAGAACGUCGACAUUUUAAGCUAUGGACUGUACAUUUAAAGAUUUUAUUCAUAUCACAGCUUUCCCUCAACAGUGUUAAAUGUGCUAUUUUUUUUAAAAAUUGCGUGAAUUUUAAAAUGAAUAUUCAUACGGGGUUUUAUUAAAAGAGCCACACCUCCCAUUGCGAUUAUACCCAAAUAAGAUAAUCACAUUUAUAGCCCAAUGCUUAUCAAAGAGUACAGAAAUAAUACUUCCUAUUACUGAAAUAUAUUUUGUUUUCCUUUUAAUUGUUGUUGAAACUUUUUUUAUGCACUAUUUAUUUAUUUGUGGUGUCUCACUCCGAAAAUGUCUCAAAUGAGCAAAAUUUAAAGAUAAUGGCUUCAAGGUUUUGUGGUUUAUACUCAAAUUGUAUUUCCUUGUUAAAAGAUGAGAUUUAUUAGCCUAAAAGUGCCUCCACAUGAGGUUUUUUUUUUUAUUUUAGGGGGAUGGGAACUAUGUGUUUUUUGUAUUUUUUUUUUCUCCCCGAAAGCUAUAAUUUCACAAAAUAGCCCAAAAAUAAAUGUCUGUUAGGUUUUGUGUGCGCGCGUGAGAGAGAAUUGCAACAAAAAAAAAUGUGUGCAGUUCCGUUGAGCAGGUCCCCAAUUUUCAUCUUACAAUAGUAAUUGUACAAUCGGUACAAGGCAACGCGUGUUGCUCGAGAGCACUGCAGCAAUGUAAAUGCAACAGCGAUGCACUGUACUUCCGGUAUCCUUUUUUUUUUUUUUGCUUUUUAUUUUAUAGCCUCAAAUGUCUGCAGCCUCACUGAGCACUUCACUGCAGUGGGAAUUUUCAUCUCACGUCAAGUCUGCUUUUAAAGGUUCUAUGCAAUUAUUAUUAUUAUUGUAUAUUUUUUUUCUAAGCACUCUGUACUUUAUGUUGUCAUUCUUUUAUUAAA